UAUAAGUAGCCCAAACAAUUUCUGUUGCAGACACACAACAGGAUGGUGGAUGUAACGUUUGCCCCGUUGAGGAGUCUGAGCGACUUUUUACUGGAGUCGGCGCGCUUCCAGAUGCCAAACAUGAAGGAUCCCGACAAAUGGGCGAACCGUGUGAUCCACAAUCUGUAUUACUACCAGACAAACUACUUCUUGACCACUCUUAUCAUCUUCCUCAUCAUCGGAAUUCUUCACCCGGUAAAGAUGGUUUGUGGAUUUGCUGCAAUUUCUGCAGCAUUUGGCAUCUUUGUGUACUGUACGAACAGCCAAUGGACAGCAAGGCGAUUCAAGCGGAACCACCCAGUGAUUAGUCUGAUCAUCAUCGUGGCAGCCGGCUACCUGCUGGUGUACAUGUUCGGGGCAGUCAUUGUGUUUAUGUUUGGCAUAGCUUUCCCAUUGCUGCUGACAAUGAUUCAUGCUUCACUGAGGAUGCGGGGUAUCAGAAACAAACUGACCAACAAGCUCGAAACGUCUGGGCUCAGGAGAACUCCGAUGGGCAUUAUAUUGGAUGGACUGGGGCAGGAGGCAGAAAUCGCAGUCCAGGGAUAGAGGGGGAGGGGCAUUGUUGGUGACAGAAUGACAGUGCUAAAGGGGGGACAACAAAAUGUACAAAGAUUUAUUUUUCAGUAUAGGACAUCAGUUCUUUGUAACUCUAAAGCAUUUUCUGUAAGAUUUAGACUUCAACUUUGUCAAUUGGAGCAUGACAUGUCGACCACACUGUUGCGAUAUAGAUUGUCGUAAGUCAACCAAUCAAAAGGAAGAUUUCAAACCUAAAAGAGAUUUUGUGUUUGUGAGGUAGGUCAGUUCAACAGAACCUUGUCAGUGUUGUUGGAUUUAUAUUCAUAAUUUACAAAAUGUUUUAAGUUUUCAACAUAUUUAUUUUAACUUGAGUUUGAGUGUCCACCGUUUAAUGCCUGAGUGUAUUAAGAUUUUUGUUAACCUGCAUUUUUUUCCCCCUAAUCAUGAUAAUUUUAGAAUUCUGCUGAGAUUGCCAUUUUGCCGAUUCUUGUUCUAAGUAGUGGCCAUGUUUUAAUUGUUAUAAAGCUGAUGUCAAAGUGUGCAAUAGAUCGGGAACCAUGGCUCUUAUAAGCAUUACCCAAAGUGCAAUGAUUUGUAAUGAGUGUCUCUAUAGUAUGUUUAACCUUACCUAAAUUCCAUAUGUAAAAUUUUAUGGUUUGCUGUUAUGUAAAUUUCACCCAAGCUGUAUUUGAUACUGUAAAGUAUAUAGCUAUUUUUGUGAAAUCAUUAUUCAUUUUGAUUGAUGUACACUUAUGUAUUUAUGUUUGCAAUACAUAGAAAACUUGCACAGGGUCAACAUUUUUGGUAGAAAGGUCACAUGUAUGUAUCUGGGUCAUUAUAUAAGGCAUUACAACUUUGUUUAGUUAAUUGCAGGUUUAUGACUAUUAUCAUGACCUCAGCUGUUCUUGUGACUGUUUUUGCCAUGGAAUCAUCAAUUUAUACUUCUAAAGUGCUUGUAUUAUUUUAUUGGAUCUAGGGAGAACUGAGAUGCAUUAAUUUGUUACAAUUUUUGAUAACUUUAUGUAGAUAACUUUGUGUAGGCUUGUUGAGUCGGUAAUGGUGCCUAUUGUGUUGUGCUUGUCUCCUCUGAUUUAUUUUGAUAAAGCGUGUGUGGGAUUUUGAUAUUUACUUUUUUUGUUGUAAAGGAAUUUUGUAACUUGAAAUUUCUAUUGAAAUUGAAUAUGUAUGCGAAGAUAACUUUCCAAAAAGCCAAAGUGUAUAAUACUCUCAUAUUUGUAAUACAUGUACUAGUACAUAAACAGUUUCAUAAUGCUAGGAAACUGGAUAACACCAAAAAAAUUUUGAUUUUUUUUUGGACUAAAAUAAACUUGAGUUGUUUUACAGUGUUUUAUUUUCAAGUAUUUAUUCCAAUAUUAAACAUGAACUAAUCUGCAUAACUUCCAUUUAAAUGUAUACUAGUAUGUGGUGCAUUUUUAAAAGUUAAAAAAAAUACAGUUAUUGAAUUUAACAUGGAACUAGAGUAUUGUGUGUGUAUUCAUGGUAACACUAUUGCUUUUUUUUGUAUUCUGUAUUUGUGCAUGUUUCAGAGCACUGUUUAGCUUGUUUCUUAUUGUACAUGUAUUGAUAUACGUGACUAUUUAUACCAGCCAGUUGAAUUCUUAACUCAACAAUUCAUUAAAUCCUGUGAAUUUUUAUUAGAUUGUUUUUUUCAUAUAUGUUUUAUGUACUAUUAACUUACAUAAUGAAGAACAAAAGUGUCAGUAUAAACAGAUGUGGUACAUUAAUGUUGAAUAUACGCUUUGUUCAUAACAAUUACAUGAAUAGUGAAACACAAGACAAGCAAGAACUCUGUUAUAGCCAAGUCUUGAGGACCAUUGCAUUUACUUCACUUAAUUCAGAAUUUAUAAUAUCCAUGUAACAAAUUUGAAUAAAUAAGGGCACAGCAAUUUGCUGUUCUGCUCGUCAGACCCUCACGCUCAUAUAAAACAAAACUUUACAAAUAAUAUUAUUUAAAAUUUUCAGGUACCUGGAAAUUCUGUUUUAUUUCAUGCUUCAUUUAUCCUAUUUAUUUUUUUCCUUUUUAUUCUAUAUUAACUCAGAAAAAAGCAACAAAAUAAAUGUAUAUAAUCAUCA